ACCAGAGAGUACCUGGGCAUUGAAAGGGAAGUGGAUGAAGAAGUUUCCGCCUGAACUUCUUGUUUAAACAACGACCUUGCCAUGGCAACAGCGCGAUUUUGUGUCUUAUUUAUCAUCCUCGCCGUGGCUUUAGCGGAAGAUGCUGAAGUAAAACACAAAACUGCUCCAAAACCUGUCCGUUUAUUCACCGAGGAGGAGCUGCAGAGAUACGACGGCAGCGAGGAGGGCCAGCCUAUUUAUAUGGCAGUAAAAGGGGUUGUGUUUGAUGUCACCAAGGGAAAAGAGUUUUAUGGAAAAGAUGCUCCAUAUAAUGCGCUGGUAGGUAAGGACUCCACUCGAGCUGUGGCCAAGAUGUCACUGGACCCCGCAGACUUGACAUCAGACACUACAGGCCUCACUGAAGAGCAGCUAAAGUCUCUGGACAGUAUAUUUGAAGGCACCUACAAAGCCAAGUAUCCCAUUGUGGGUUACACAGCAUCCCGUAUCCUGAACGAGGAUGGAAGUCCCAACAAAGACUUCAAACCCGAGGACCAGCCUCAUUUUCAAAUCAAAGAUGAAUUUUAAUGUAAUUUCAUGUGGUCACUUUACUUGACAAGAAUCGCGAUGAAGAAGUUUGAUACAUGUGCAAUAAUAGGAGAAGCAUUAUCCUGUUGACUCAAGAUUGAGAAUUAAAUAGCGCUUUAAUAGCUUUGACCAGUUUACGGUGCACCAACUACUUUAAUACCUGUUGUAUCAUCUGACUGAGAUAAAAAGCGGGGACUUUGGAGUAAGAGUAUGCAGAUAGUUAACGGUCUCCCGGAGACACAUUUAAAGAAGUUUAAGCACAGAUCAAGAUGCCUCCUGCUCCUCUCACAGUGCUCUAAGCCAUUUAAUUUCAUACUCUAAACAUUAGGAGCUCAAAGCUCCUUGCAAACUUAAAAUAAUCUUCAUGCACUGUAGCUGCAGUGUUUUGUUUUAUUUUUAUAAAUGAGAGACUGUAGCUGAUAAUUUUUGUCACUAAUCAAUUCAUUUUUUGAACUCUGUAUUUUACUGUGAAACUAAAUGAAUUAUGUGAAUGACUCAGUGGAAUAUUUAUGUUUAGGAAACAAUAAAUCUGCAGCUUUGUUAGUGUUCAUCGGUCCACAUGUAUUCAACUUGUUCGUCUACAAUUCUCAUUAAAGUCUGAAAAUGUUCUAAUCUUUUGUUGGUCUCAUCCGUGUUCUACCACACACAACUGUGUUACCUUGACACGAUCUCUUUAUGACA